AUGGAGGCAGAGAACAAUGGCUGUGCCAAGGUGCUGAGGCUCCAGGCCGACACUCUGGAAAUCAAGAACAAACGGCAGGAGAGGCUCCUCAAAGAACUGGAGAGGGAGAUGUCCAUCCUCCUGAACUUAUACCAGACCCUGGCAAAUGCCCAGGUGCUUUCCAGACAGACAAACGUCCCCCUGGAAGAAUUACCUUGGACAGAGCUUUGUGCACUCUUGCAUGAGAAUGUUGAAGCCCUGGUCUCAAACUUCAACAAGGCCAACCAGAGGAUAUCUUACCUAGAAUUUAUUUGCAAGCACAAGACUGACACUAUGAACGACCUUCAGCAGAACCAGGAGAGUGCUUUGGAGAAAAUGUCUGAACAGUUAAAAGCACAGGAACACUGGUCGCAGAAAGAAAAGCAAUAUCUUGAACAGCAGUACUCAAACGCCCUUGCAGAAAUUCAUGCAAGAUCACAGGAAUGGGAAGAAACGGUGCAGAAAAACAGGCAAAAACUCUAUGGCCUUGAACAACUCUCUGACAAACUGGCCCAGGAAAACAAUACCUUGAAAAAUUCAUUAUUAGAUGCUUUCAAGGCACGCUCAUUCCUGCUGGCAGCCUGUGCACUGCUAUCAGGGGCCCUGUGCUCUCUCUACGCCCGACUGUGCGCCAUGUCUUGCCAAAGAGACAUUCUCCAGGAACAGGUGAACCAGCAACAACUAUUGAACCACAAGAUCGUCAGCCUCCUUUAUGCUCUCCCUGCUGUCAUGGAAAGAAACCAGGACGCAGUCAGGAUAAGGCAAAGAAGAGCCAAGAACCUGGCUUAUGUGUUCCGAAGAGCUGUGAUUGUAGCUCUGGCUGCCAACAGGCUGAGGGGUCUGGCCCGAUAUUCUUGUACCUUUUUCGUCUGGUCAGACGGGUGCAGAGGAAGCCCUGGAAUUCAAGUUUGUCUGGGAGAAUCCAGAGGCAGGCAUCCUGUGACACAUUCAGAGGUGUGGCUUUCUAGUAACUCGCUGAUCGGCACAGCCAGGAACUGCUUUGCAAAAGUGAUGGACAACCUGAGCGUUCUGAUGGAGACAGUUCAAGGGAGCACUCGUGGGUGCAGAGCCUUCCUGGAGAGGGACUCCCUGAUAGACAGGCUGGCUCGUGGGCUCCGCAGACUAAAUGCCCAGGCCCUGGAAGCUGGAUUGCAUGACAGACUGCCCAGCACAGGCCUCCCUGAUGCAGCAGAGGAGCUGAGGAAAAGAGACCAAGCUCUGGAUCAACAGGAGAAACUCCUGAAAGAAAUGGAGCAGGACCAGAAGCGGCUGUGGGAUACUCUCGAGGAGGCCGAACGUGCCCUUGAUCAGGGAAUAAAGUGA